UACUCUUCCCAGAAGGAAGAACCUGUGCAGCUUUGGGAAAAGGAAGCCAAAAUCCAGAGGCAAAGCUCACCCGCACAUAAAAGCAGCUGCGGUGGUGUCCCUGCCCACUCUGCGGUGGGGAGACAUGCUGCAAUGGCAACCUUUGAGGAGCAGACAGCAUGUGUUGUGGAAGCCUUGUUCUCUGACCUCCUAAGUGAAGAUGAGAGUCAGUGCCGGAGCCUGGAGACAGACUCAGAGGAGCCUAUGCAGUUGGCAGGAGAGCCUCAAACCAGGUUUGACCCGGUUGUGGUCGCCAGUCGUCUGCGGCAGAUGGGGGACCAGUGCAACAUGGAUUUUGAAAGGGUUUCCUCGGAGGCUCUUGCUGAAGUGCUCAAGGGAAAGAUGGAGAAGUUUGGGGCUGCUGUGGACUCCCUCAGCAGGAGCUGGAGUGACCAGAACCCUGAGAUGGUCUAUGAGAGAGUCUUUCUCCGUGUAUCUGUGAAAUUGCUAAUGUAUGUUGCUAAGAAAGUCCCAGCUAUGGUGCAUCCCAACCAACUCAUAAAAGUGAUUAAUGGAAAUUUUCGAGUGAGAAAAUACAUUGAGGCCUGCGGCGGAUGGGAGAACUUGGACAAUUGAGAGAAAGGGCUAUACUACUUUCCAGAAGGUGAAGCUGGG